AUGGCAGAACCGCUUUCCAAAAAACUUUGUAUUUUGUCAAAGAAAAAGAUAUUAAGAGAUUCUCAAAGAAGAAGAAGGGCCCAAAAAACGUCUGUGGAACGUCAAAGAAGGAUGGAACAUGACCAAAUUUCGACAAGCAAUUCUAGAACCGUGAUAAAUAAGAAACUUUUAAAGAAAUUACCUGGUGCUCUGGAAAUUUACAAGUCUAUCAACGCUGUCAUGGAAAUAGAUCAAGUUGUCAACUAUCAGACAGAAUUUUUGAACUCAUUGGAACCACCUGGAGUGCCUGCACAUAAAUUAGAAUUGAAAAUUGGAGCACCAAUAAUGCUUUUAAGAAAUUUGGAUCCACCUGCAUUGUGUAAUGAAACAAGAUUGAUUGUGAAAAAAUUGAUGCCUAAUGUUAUUGAAGCUAUGAUUAUAACAGGACAUUCAACAGGAAAUAGUGUGCUUAUUCCUCGCAUCCCCAUCAUAUCUUCAGACAUUCCAUUUCAGUUUAAACGACUUAGUUUUGCGAAGAGUAUAAAUAAAUCUCAGGGACAAUCUUUAAAAGUCGUUGGUCUUGACUUUCAGAAGCCUUGCUUUUCCCAUGGACAGCUUUAUGUUGGCUGUUCAAGAGUUGGUGAUGAAAAGAACUUAUAUUUAUUGGCACCAAAUGGAAAAACUAAUAAUAUUGUUUAUAAAGAAGUUUUACAAGAAUAA